AAUCAAAGAUUUUCCAUUAUUGUUCAAGUUCAGUAAUAAUUUGAAAUUUUUCAAUUUAGAAAAAAAUAUAAAAAAAAUAAGAAAUAAACAAAAUGAAUUUAGUGAAAAGCUCUAUCUGGAUAUUUACUUUUCUCAUUAUUGUUGUUGUCAGCUUGUCGUAUGCGCGCCCUGGAUAUGAUCGUGCGAAGAUUCGAAUUCAUGUGCCCGUUAAACAUCAUACUCAUGUUCAUACAAAGACAAUAAUUAAAAAAGUUCCAGUUCCAGUACCUGUACCAAUUAAAGAAAAACAUCAUCAUCAUGUUGAACAUAUUGAACAUAAUUAUUCAAAAGCUGAUGAAGAAGAAGAUGAAGAUUAUGAUAGUUAUAUUCAUGUUAUACCACAAAAACCAAAAAAACGAAAAUAUAGAUCAGGCUAUCACUGAUUAUUCAAAAACGAAUAAACUAUAAUUGGUUCACGUUUUGUUUUAAAAUUCUGUUAAGUUACGUAAAAAACUAGUAAUAAGUAAUAAUUUCAAAUACCAAAUUCUUAAAAAAU